AUGGCCGCAGUGAUCAAGAACAAUGCAGAAGAUCCAAAGCAGGCAGCUUUGUCCCCUAGACUCAAGGGCCGGGAAAAUGCAAAGGAUACUCUAUGUCGCAACGUCACAAUAUACGGGAAAUGUCGCUAUGAAGACAAAGGGUGUGCUUUCAAUCACACGGUAGAGAAGCCUGCCUCUGAUGGAGGACAAAAUGAUAGCCAGUCGAAAAAGGCACUCAGUGUCGAUUCACCGAGCUUCACUCCCUCUUUCCUGUCUCCCAACGGUGCCGCAGCAGCAGCCACCACCACCAUCAAGAAACCAACGACUGGCAUAUCCCCAAAGGCAGCAAGUGCUGCCCCGUUCAUGCCAAAGGCCAUCAUCUCCAGAUCGUCCAAUACUACUCCUCUCCGACAAGAUGCUAAAACUCCGGAUUGGGCUCUGCCCGACGUCCAAGAGUUUGUGCCCCGAAGAGCUCAAGAACCGUCACUGGUGAGUUGCCAGAGCAGAAAUGUCUACAUUUCCGUCCCUCACGCCUUUGAGACAUUCCAACCUAGCCAUGCCCCGAACCCAUAUCUCGAUCAUGGCAUUAAUGGUGCCGCUUUCUAUCAAAACACCCCCGGUUUUCAGCAGCCAGUCCAAUACCAUCAGUACGCUCCUAUUGGGCACUAUAACGCGGCUCUCACUCCAUAUCAACGCACAGUGCACGACCUAUUUAUCCCCAAUGAUCUUCGAGAGGAAAUUCAGAAGAAAUCCGCAGCAGCUCUUCAAACACUACCCAAUUCGCAGCUCCCGAGUCACAUUGAAAGUUAUCACUCCCUUGUCCCUCUCGAUACAGCCCACAAAAGCUCAACCAUCUUCGGAGGUUAUACUUCCUGGGUAUAUAAAGCCCAAUCAAGCGCCAACGGCCACUUCUUUGCCCUGCGAAGAAUUGAAGGCUUUCGUCUUACAAAUGAGCAUGCAAUUCGCGCCGGACAAGCUUGGAAAAAUAUUAUAAGCGCUAACAUUGUCCGGAUCGUCGACGUCUUCACUAAUCGCGGGUUCGGCGAUUCAUCCCUCUUCAUUGCCUCCGAAUAUCAUCCUCUCUCCAAAACCCUUUUGGAACACCACCACCUUGGACACGCAUACAAUCCUCGACCCGCUCGCUCUUCCAACAAAGACCAAGUCAAUGAACCUGCACUAUGGAGUUAUGUCGUGCAAAUAGCUUCUGCUCUGAAAACCAUCCACAACUCCGGCCUUGCCGCUCGUGUCCUCGACCCAAGUAAAAUCCUCGUCACUGGAAAGAACCGCAUUCGCUUGAACGGUUGUGGCAUCCUCGAUGUAGUGCAAUACGACGCCAACACUCACACACCUCUAGCUCAGGCCCAACGGCAAGACCUCGUCAAUUUCGCCCUAGUCAUCCUUUCGGUUGGCUCGGGGUCACUCGAUGUGGGCCAAAACUUCGCCCGCAGCAUGGACGCGUUCAAACGCUAUUUCAAGCCCGAUCUCCAAAACGCCGUGGUGUGGUUAUACUCUGCACUGCAAAACUCGGAGAAAACCAUUGAUGGAUUUGUUACUCUUAUCUCAAACCAAAUGAUCACAGCUUUUAACGCCGCCCUUCACACCGAUGACGCUCUAUUCUCUGAACUGUCUCGCGAGGUCGAGAACGCGCGCCUGGUACGCCUCAUGGCCAAAAUCAACUUCAUCACUGAACGACCUGAAUAUAAUCAUGACCAGUCAUGGAGCGAGAAUGGGGAACGCUAUUUCCUCAAGCUGUUCCGUGAUUAUGUCUUUCACCAGGUCGAUUCACAGAAUCGGCCCGUCGUGGACUUGGGCCACGUGUUGACGUGUCUCAACAAAUUAGACGCGGGUACUGAGGAGAAGGUCAUGUUGGUGAGUCGGGACGAACAGAGCGUGUUCGUGGUGAGCUAUCGCGAGUUGAAAAAGGGGGUGGAGAGUGCAUUCCAGGAAUUGGUGGGAAAGAGAGGAGGUCCUUUGAGGUAG